AUGUCGGUAUCGGGGAGGAUCCACACAGGAAGAGCUGGGCCCCGUGUUCUGGAGUCUCUGGAAGAGGGUUCGUGUGUACAGGCGUCCGUGCAAUUGUCGAUGAGCAGCGUGUUGCAUUUCAGAACCACAAGGCGUGGACAGCUCCUCUCCCAGAGAUCCUUCUCUCCAGAGAACUGGAGAGACGGGGUGCAGUUUCCACACCAGACUGUGAUGCAUCCUGCUUUCUAUGGUCUAUCUGUACAAAUUAGUUGGAGUCUUUAUGGACGUGCUGAAUUUCCUCACGCUCCUGAGGAAGUAGAGGUAGAGGCCUUGUUGUACUUUCUUGACCAUAGCAUGAACAUGGGUGAACCACACCAGGACGUGGCCGCCUUGAAACAGGAGGGGACUUUAGGUCAUAGUGAGGAGAGGUUAAAGAUAUUAGUGAAUACCCCUGUCAGCUGGUACAUGCAGGACCCGAGUGCAUGGCUGGGGACUCUGUAUGGGCAGCUGAUUUCACACUCAAAGGCCGGACUGAUGUUGGACUCUAAGAGAACACGUGUAUCUGGGGCUGUUGGGAAGCUGCCCAUCUCAGCACCUUCACCUCAUUGUCUAAACACCAAACUAAUCCACAUUGCCUCCCACAGAUUCAAAUUUGUCCAGAUUAUUUUCUUUUUCCUUGGAUUGGGAACGCUGCUGCCCUGGAACUUCUUCAUCACUGCUAUCCCGUAUUUUGAGGAACGCCUGAAUGAUCCACUUGGAAAUGCCUCAAUGUUAUCAAAUGGCACGGAGCAGGCUGGGGACCAAUGGCACUUCAGUAACUGGAUGACACUGCUGUCAAUGUUACCCUUACUGCUGUUUACUUGUCUCAACUCCAUCCUGUAUCCACGGAUCGCAGAGAGGGUGAGGAUAGCUGGCAGUCUGUUUGGGAUCUUCGUCCUGUUUGUGCUCACCGUGGUGCUGGUCAUGGUUCAAACUCACCCCAGCGUGUUCUUCGGCAUCACCAUGACCAUUGUCUGGUUCAUCAACUCCUUCGGUGCAGUGUUACAGGGGAGCCUGUUUGGCCUGGUUGGAUUACUGCCAGCAGAAUACAGCAGCCUGUUUAUGAGCGGUCAGGGAGUGGCUGGAUUGUUCGCAGCAUUGGCAUCAAUCCUGGCAAAGAUCAGUCGUGCGGAUAAGGAGACCAUCGCGUUGGGAUAUUUCAUCACUCCCUGCCUGGUCACUCUAUUAACCAUCAUUUUCUACUACAUUCUGCCCCACCUGGAAUUUGCAAAAUAUUACUUCAGCAAAGAUCGUCUGAAUCAUAGCUAUGAACUAGAGACCAAGACAGACCUGCUAACUCAUACGGAGAAAAAUGGGAUGUUGCCAGCCAAUGGGAAGCAGGUACUGGUCCAUCUGGAGGACGCGGGCUUCCAAGAUGACCAAUCAGACAAGAGCUUCAGUGUGAUCAAAGUGUUCAGGAAGAUCUGGAAACUGGCCAUCGCUAUCUGCCUUAUCUUCACAGUGACCCUGUCUGUCUUUCCAGCAAUCACAGCUCAUGUCAACUCUCACACACAGCAAGGCCAGUGGAAGGAAUAUUUUAUCCCAGUCAGCUGCUUCCUGCUGUUUAAUAUAAUGGACUGGGGAGGUCGCAGUCUCACUGCUCUCUGGUCCUGGCCCCACCAGGAGAAUGUGUUGUUACUGAUGGCACUCCUGCGGAUUUCCUUCAUCCCGGUCUUUAUGCUCUGUAACAUUAAGGAUCGUUACUUCCUGCCCAUCCUCUUCACCCAUGAUGCCUGGUUCAUCACCUUCAUGUUUCUGUUCGCCUUCUCCAACGGUUACCUGGUCACUCUCUGUAUGUGCUACGCCCCCAAGAAGGUCUCUCCGAGGGAUGCAGAAACAGCUGGCGCAGUGAUGGCAUUUUUCUUGGCUCUCGGCCUGGCCCUGGGAGCAGCACUCUCCUUUCCCAUUCGCCUCAUGUUAUGAAGUGACUGGGCUACACAGAGGUCCCCUGGAGAUUCCUGCCUCCUUCCCCUCAGCUGCCAGGGUGAAGAAUUGGCAUCUCACUGGGACUGACUGGAAUAGAGACCAGGAACUGGUCUGUUCACGCACUGGUCAAGACUCCCUCCCUAGCAGUCACUCCUUUCGCUUUGAUCUUUACGUUUGUAGACAAUAGCUCUGCGCUACACCUGCUGUUGAAUUCAAAUCAAUCCCUACAUCUACGCCACGCUGACCGCCCCCUCUCUUCACUGGGACUGGCCACUUCACCUCUCUCUUCCCCAGUUCUCCCCCAGCAAUGACUGGUUUCUGAUUUAGGAUACUGAUCGUGGAUGAUCAGCCUUGAUCAUAAUGAAUGGUGGUGCUGGCUCGAAGGGCCGAAUGGCCUGCUCCAGCACCUAUUGUCUAUUGACUGAUCCUUCCCUCUCCCUCUCUUCCAGGAUCGCCUGGUGUCUGACCCAUUUCCCCCUCUGCUGGUGCAGGAUUCCACCAAAUUUCUGUCCAAUCCCUCCAUCUCCCAAACUGGGAUUCGCCAAGAUUUCUGACCGAUCCCUCACUCCUGGAGAAAUCUCCCCAGCAUGGACUGAAUCUUGCAACAGCGUGGGAAAUAUUUAAACCUGAAAAUAUAAAUGAGACUUGGGCUGUGCCAGUUUUUUUUUGUUUAUUCCUGCAUGUAAACCCAUUCAUGAUGGUGUAAACUACUGGAUUUGUUCGCAUUAUUUUAUAUAAGUAUCUUUUUUUAAAAUA